AUGUUGAAUGGCCUAAAAUUGUGUAUAAAUCAGUGUCUAUUCCCGCUAGUCGAUUCUCUGCACGGUUCAUUCUCUCCAAGAGUAUUCAAGCUAAAGUGCGACCACACAUUCCACCUACUUUGCCUAUUUGAAACGAUUCAAAGAAGGGAGUGCAGAAAGGUCUGCGGAGAGUGUUGGAAGGAAAUUGAGGAGGAAGAACAAAGGAUAAUUUUUAAAGAAGCCAAGAAGGAAAAGAAGGAAAUCGCAAGCUAUAGCCAUAGUCUGGCUGGCGAAAUUUUGGAGUAUAACGUCUCAUCAGAUUAG